CACGCCCUCAUGGCCGUUGGUUUGGUUUUUCCGUGCCGCUGAAAUACCGUAUUUUUCUCCGCUUUGAUUUCACUUUUUUUCUACUUAAACGUAAUUUAUAACUAAAGAAAAUGGUCAAAGACAGAUCUGAUGGAGAUGUGGACUCAGACCAGACCUCAGAGCAGGACUUGGAGCAGAACUUGGAGCAGGACUUGGAGCAGGACCCAAGCAGAGUGGCCAGUCCUCUGUUGGUGGAGGAUGAGUUAAGAGUGUUUUGUGCCAAUGAGAUGGCUCUGCUGGCUCUGAUAGAGAGAACUGGCUACACCAUGGUCCAAGAGAAUGGCCAGAGGAUGUAUGGAGGACCUCCACCAGGAUGGGAGGGGCCACCCCCUCCUCGAGGCUGUGAGGUGUUUGUGGGGAAGAUUCCCAGAGACAUGUACGAGGAUGAGCUCGUGCCACUGUUUGAACGCGCUGGAACAAUCUACGCAUUCAGACUCAUGAUGGAGUUUAGUGGAGACAACCGCGGCUACGCCUUUGUCAUGUACACCAACAGAGACUCAGCUCAGAGGGCCAUUCAGAUGUUGGAUAACCAUGAAAUCAGACCAGGCAAGUUCAUUGGUGUCUGUAUGAGUCUGGACAACUGCAGGCUCUUCAUUGGCUCAAUCCCCAAAGACAAGAAGAAAGACGAGAUCAUGGAGGAGAUGAAAAAGCUGACCGAUGGUGUGGUGGAUGUCAUCGUGUACCCAAGCUCCACCGAUAAAACGAAAAACAGAGGCUUUGCUUUUGUGCAAUACGAGUCUCACAAAGCAGCUGCUAUGGCCCGGAGAAAACUCAUCCCAGGCACAUUUCAGCUUUGGGGCCACUCAAUCCAGGUGAACUGGGCUCAGCCGGAGAAGGACGUGGAUGAGGAGGUCAUGCAACGAGUCAGAGUGCUCUAUGUGCGUAACUUGAUGUUGAGCACGUCGGAGGAGACUCUGCAGCAGGAGUUUUCUCGGUUCAAACCAGGAAGUGUCGAACGAGUCAAAAAACUCACGGACUAUGCCUUUGUGCACUACCGUCACCGUUACGACGCCCUGACUGCUCUGGGCCUGAUGAAUGGAGCGCUCAUCGAUGGAGCCACAGUCGAGGUGUCACUUGCCAAACCCGCCAAUGUGAACCGUGAGGGUGGGGCUAACUCUGGAGGGGGCGUGUCUAGGAAGUACCACAACAGAGGUUACCGGGGCAACAGUAACAACAGUAACCUUGUGAGCGGUGCCAUGGCGAGUGCGGCAGGGGGCGGUGAUGGAGCUAGAGGAGGGGCAGAGCUUAUGAUGCACAGGAACAACAAUAGAGAUGGACCAAUGAGAGACCUGUCCUCCGGACUGGGGGAGCUCUACCUUGAUCACACAGAUGGUGUGGAGCGGGGCAUGUACCCUCUGUUCCCCGGGACGCCCUUGAGUCCAACCAGCCUCCUGUCACUCAAACAGAGCCAGAUCUGCACAGCCCAGAGUUUACUUGAGUACUUCUGCAGAAAAAACUACUGGUCUCCUCCAGAGUAUCACCUCUACUCCACAUCCGGGCAGGACGGAAAGCUGCUGCUACUUUACAAGGUGGUUCUGUCUUCUACGCGCAGCACUUAUAUCCCAGACAAACUGUGUGUUCUUCUGGAUGAUGCCAAAGAGCUGGCUGCUCAGACCACACUCUGGAACCUCGCGAUGGGGGACUCCAGCCCUUCCCCGGCCCUGCAGACCCCGCCACCUGUCUCCAGCCCGGUGUUGACCUACGAACGACCUCUGACCCCCUGCCUGCCAAUGCCUCCGCCCUUUCCUCUGUCUCCUCUGGCCCCGCCCCUUGCAGUGCCUCCCAGCCAAUCACAGCGCCUCUACCUCAGCCCGCCGCCACUAUUUUACUGA